AUGGCGAAUCCUGAUUUCGACAUCAAACAGACAUACCUCAAGUUCUUGGAGGAUGAUAGAGACAUGACUAUGCCUAUAGCGGCCAUCGAGUCGCUUGUGACGAUGCUUCGAGUGAAACAACCCUCGACGUCAUCGGAAUUGAUCAACCUUGUCAAGUCCAACAUUGACAUCUUGAAACUGUCCAUCUCCAACGCCAUUUCUCUUUCAGCAGGCUGUGACUUGUUUAUGCGUUUUGUUUUGCGUAACACCAACUUGUACUCCGACUGGGAGUCUUGUAAGAAGAACUUGGUGGAAAACGGUGAAUUGUUCGUCCAGAGAGCCAAGGAGUCAAGAGCUAAGCUGGCUGACUUUGGUGUGCCUUUUAUUAAGGACGACGAUACCAUUCUUGUGCAUUCUUUUUCUCGUGUGGUGCUUCAGCUUUUACAGAAGGCCAGAUCUCAGAAGUUGUUGCGUUUCAAGGUGAUUGUCACUGAAGCUCGUCCUUCUGGAAAGGGUUACCAUAUGGCUAAGCUACUCAGAGAGGCUGAUAUUCCAGUUGAGGUUAUUGUUGACAAUGCUGUUGGAUAUGUGCUUCAUAAGAUCGAUAAGGUUCUCGUGGGAGCUGAAGGUGUAGCCGAGAGUGGAGGUAUCAUUAACCAUAUCGGUUCCUACCAAAUUGGAUGUUUGGCAAAGGCCAACAACAAACCAUUCUACGUGGUUACUGAGUCGCAUAAGUUCGUUAGAUUGUUCCCUUUGGCACCAAACGAUUUACCAAGGGGAAUUUCAUCUAUACUAGAUGAACAAGGAUAUACGGAAACGGAAACGGAAGAAGGUACGCUUAAAACACAGACCAUUGAUUUCACUCCGCAUGAAUUUAUCACUGCCCUUAUUACGGAUUUGGGAGUGUUGACGCCGUCAGCUGUUUCUGAGGAGUUGAUUAAGAUGUGGUAUGAUUAA